UAGACAAAGACGAAAUAUAUUCAACUCAGCAACGAUGCACAAGCUGAUAUUCUGCUGUCUCAUUAUUAUCAGCUUCUCCUGUCCUCUCUCGUCUCUCCCUAUCACCAACGCCAGUGAGAUGUCUUAUCAGCUCUCAGCUGAUGAAGAUUCAAGAUUAAACCUGGAGCGGUUGGGCAGCCUAGGAAGCACUUCCCUGCUUCAGUUUCUGCCAGAGCUCUUGGGCACACGGACUGAAGACAACAAAGCAGGUCUUAGCCCCAGCAGCUACAACCCAAGGGAAAACAUCAAAGAGACUUUCUAUGGAAAUCAUCCUCGAAUUGCUUUGCUGGGCCGCUUCUUGACCAAGGACAGGAAGCAGUACAAGAAACGUGGGAAUCUUUCCGAAUGUUUCUGGAAGUAUUGUGUGUGAACAGGAGAAGAAACUCUCUCUGACUUGGUUGCAUAAUUUAUACAAAUGUCUGAAAACAUGUAUAUAGAUUUGCUUGAUUUAAAAUGAGAAUGAAGAAACAUGAAGACAGCUCCUAACUUUAGACUCUACGCUACUUGGAAAUUAAUAAAUUCUUGAUGUUUUGCAA